GUCUGUACUCUGGCUGCUUGUGGGAUGUGGGAGGGAGCAGAUAGACAGGCUGAGUUGGAUGCAAGAUGCUGCCCCCGCUUGCAUUUUCCAGCAUUCUUUGGGGAUAUUCCCAAAAAUGACUUUGAAGAGUGCUUACCUAGUAAACCUGGCAAGUUUAAAAAUGGGAAAUUUUAGGGUUACCCACCAGUUUCUAAAACAGCCCCCACUUGAGGAGAUUGCCCUCAGCUCUGAGAUCUUUCUCAGACUAUCUUGGCAAAUGAAGGGUCUUGGAAAACCGUGUGAGUGUCUGAAGACAGUGGAGCUGGUUCCAGGACUGGAGACAGCAGCUGUCCAGGCCAGGGCUGCUGUCAGUUCCCAGCUGAACCACAGAAUGUUGUUUCAAGUGCAGAUGGAGAACCUGAAAGCAGACCCAGAGGAGCUAUUUACCAAGCUGGAGAAGAUUGGAAAGGGCUCUUUUGGUGAGGUGUUCAAAGGCAUUGACAAUCGGACUCAGAAAGUGGUUGCCAUAAAAAUCAUUGAUCUGGAGGAAGCUGAAGAUGAGAUAGAGGACAUUCAACAAGAAAUCACAGUGCUGAGUCAGUGUGACAGUCCAUAUGUAACCAAAUAUUAUGGAUCCUAUCUGAAGGACACUAAAUUAUGGAUAAUAAUGGAAUAUCUUGGUGGAGGCUCUGCCCUGGAUCUAUUAGAACCUGGUCCUUUAGAUGAAAUUCAGAUCGCUACUAUAUUACGGGAAAUUCUGAAAGGACUUGAUUAUCUACACUCAGAGAAGAAAAUCCACAGAGAUAUUAAAGCGGCCAACGUUCUGCUCUCUGAACAUGGAGAGGUGAAGCUGGCUGACUUUGGAGUAGCUGGCCAGCUGACGGAUACCCAGAUAAAAAGGAACACUUUCGUGGGUACUCCCUUCUGGAUGGCGCCUGAGGUCAUUAAACAGUCAGCCUAUGACUCAAAGGCAGACAUCUGGUCCCUCGGCAUCACAGCAAUAGAACUGGCCAAAGGAGAGCCGCCACACUCUGAGCUGCACCCCAUGAAGGUGUUAUUCCUCAUCCCCAAGAACAACCCUCCUACGCUAGAAGGAAACUACAGCAAACCCCUCAAGGAGUUUGUGGAGGCCUGUUUGAACAAAGAGCCGAGCUUUAGACCCACCGCUAAGGAGUUGUUGAAGCACAAGUUCAUCAUCCGCAAUGCAAAGAAAACCUCCUACUUGACUGAACUCAUCGACAGGUACAAGAGGUGGAAGGCUGAGCAGAGCCACGACGACUCCAGCUCGGAGGACUCAGACGUGGAAACAGAUGGCCAGGCGUCCGGAGGCGGUGACUCUGGGGACUGGAUCUUCACAAUCCGGGAGAAAGAUCCCAAGAAUCUGGAGAACGGGACUCUCCAGCCGUCAGAUUUGGAGAGAAAUAAGAUGAAAGACAUCCCAAAGAGGCCUUUCUCUCAGUGUUUGUCCACAAUUAUUUCUCCUCUGUUUGCGGAGCUGAAGGAGAAGAGCCAGGCAUGUGGAGGAAACUUGGGGUCAAUAGAAGAGCUUCGGGGAGCCAUCUACUUGGCGGAAGAGGCCUGCCCUGGGAUCUCUGACACCAUGGUGGCUCAGCUCGUGCAGCGGCUGCAGAGAUACUCUCUGAGUGGUGGAGGAACUUCAGCUCACUGAGAUGCCUUUGGCAUUGGGUUUGGUUUUUCCUUUCUUCAUCUCCCUUCUUUAAAAGUCAAUGAGAGCCUUUGCUGACUCUGCAAAGAGGUGUCAUGGAGGGGCCCCUCUCCUGCAGCCGCCGGCACCUGUCCAGCGAUCCAGUCCUCACUGUGCCACAGCCAGAUGGAGUCUUUCAGAUGGGGUGGGGAGGGUCUACUCCUUCAAGCAAUUAUUUUAUUUUUUUAUUGUUUUUAAUUUUAAUCAUAGUGCACAUAUUCAAAGAACGUAUCUUUAACAAAACCCCUGAACUGUAUAUUUGGAUUGUGACAAGGCAGUUGAAGACACGCAACCUCAGGUACCCUGCUUUACGUCGAUAGCUCCUCCCCCUGGGAGACGGAGAGUCGCUCUGGUGGAUCAGUGUACAGAUUUGUAUAUAGCGUCAUUUUUACGGAAACUUUUGGCGUGCAUAAGGAAUCACUGUGUACACAUUGGCCAAGUGCUUCUGUAGAUACUGUCUGUGGAGUAAAUAUUUGACAGGCCAGAACUUGAGUCUAUUGCCUUGCCUUUAUUACAUGUAAAUUUUGAAUUCUGUGACCAGUGAUUUGGAUUUUAUUUUGUAUUUACAGGGUCUGUCAUUAAUAAUAAUUAACCCCCUCCCCAAUGGAACACUCCUGUUUGUACCUCAACAGAUGCAAAUUUCCCCUCAUUUUCCCUACACCCCUUUGGUACACUUGGGUGUUUUUCUUUCUCAUCGAUGGUACUGUUCUUAGUGUUUUCAAUUGGAACAUAUCUCGUCUCACAGAGCUUUAAAUUAUUCUAAGUCUCUCCCAGAUGAAGCGCUCUCAUCUAAUCUUGUUGAGUUGUGCUACUGCUGUGUCUACACCAGAUGUCCCGUCCUCUCGACACUUUUCUGUUCAGCCUUGUCGUAGAAUCUGCAUAUCAUCUUUCCCACCUGAAAGUGUCUGAAUGCUUACACAAAUAAAUUUUAUAACUCACUCAUUUUGCAUACUGUUCUUGAAACAUGGCUCUACAGAGCGGAUGGAGCCCCUGGUCUGCACAUGUGUGGUUUUGUAAGUGUGUGUAUGUUGAGACUCGAGGGAAAAGUGCUCAGAUGUCAAAAAGCCAAAUGUCCGGGUUAGCACCCUAUGCAGUUGUGUGGUUGGUCACUGAGAUGUGGCCAGUGCUGCAGGUUUGUGGAACUGCUGAAGCUCUUGCUGAGGACUUGACUGGGUGGUUUCAGUUCUCUCCCAGGAGCCGGGGUCUGCUGCUGCUGUCAGCCAGGCCGUUUCUUCAUGUACUGUAGAGCGGCACUUGACAGGGUGGGAAGGCUCAGGUUCUCAGGGCAGUUCUUGCCAGUCUUACUCAGAUCUCUGUAGUGUUUUCAUUUGUUGAUGCUAAUUAUUGUCCUCUUGUUGGAGUGCUAGGUCUCGAAGAUAGUUUUGGGAGCAGGAACUUAGGGACGUUUGCUUGGCCUCGUGUUGGUGUGUGGUGUCCUCGUUACAGGAAGGGCAGGCCAAGGCUAGAGGUGUUGGCUGUGAGGUGAUUAUUUAGAUUAAAUGGGGUCUAGGUUUUUAGACUAUUAAAUUGUGAUAGUCUACUAGAAGUAGAUUUGGGUUGGAUUAAUUAUUUCAACCAAGGAUACAUUUUGGCUAGGGGAAAUAGAACCACAAUUGUUCCUGUGUUGUUUUAUUACUAUUUUUUUUUUUUUUUUGAGUCUCUGGGUGUUUUGCCUGCAUGUGCAUCACAUGUGUGCAGUGCCCUUGGAGGCCAGAAAGAGUGUUGGAUCCCUUGGACUGGAGUGAUAGGUAGUUGUGGAUGCUGGGAACUGAAUCCAGGUGCUCUGCAAGAGCAGCCAGUGUUCUUAACUGCCGAGCCAUCACUUUGGCCCCAGUACUGUUAUUCUAUAGCAAGAAUGGUACUUUGAACAGUGAAGUUGGAGAAUAUGUUGUGUUUCCUAGAGUAUUCUGUACUGGAGUGCUGUGUGUUUUCCGGUAGGAGGCCUGAUGCAUAAACCAAAGGCUGUUAUUGCAGGAGUCCCUCAGAGAGGUGAGUCUGUUCCGUGGAGUGUGCUACCUGACUUGAAGAGCGUCCCUGGGGGCAGCAGGCACCUCUAGUGGAUAGAGCUCUUCAGUUUACAAGUGGAUAGUGAUACGACUUUUGAUUUCGUCGUCUUCUGCAGUGUUGAGACAUGAGCCCAGGACUUGGUGUGUGCUGGGUCAGUCCCUCUGGGCUUUCCUUGCAAUGCCCGACAUCCGUCUUUUAACACUCGCUGUGUGGUUGAGCUGCUGAGUGGCCUAGAUUCUGGUUAAGUAUGGUAUGCUUAUGGUGUGACUGGGCAGCUCCUCUGCAGUCACUAGACUACAAGGCAUGCGAAAGCAACACAUGGUUCUUUGGGAGUUUAUUGGAAACUUCCUUGGGGGCGUAGGUUUGACAGUUUAAAAGUGGAUUGCCUUAUAGUCUCUUCCAGCACAAAAUCAGAUGAAGUGUUCUGUGAACGUAUCGUUUAGCUGGCAGUCUAGUCCUUAGUUCGGAGCAGGGCCCAUCUCAGAACCACCACAGGCACCUGCCUGCCAUCACAGGCUAUUGUGGGUGGGCUCAGCAUCACCCACAAGUCCCUCAGUGCCAUACUCAGGCUGUUCACAGCCCACAGGUACAGCUUCUGAUGGUGCUGAUGCCACCCAUCUGAGUGCCAUGAAGCAGUGUGAGGCAGGCCGAGUGCUUGGUGAUUCAGGUCUAGUUCAUGAGACAGACUGUCAUUUGGGUAGCUCAGGCUGGCCAGGAAUUCAGGCUCCUCAGCCUCCUGAGUGCUGGGAUUACAGGUGAGCCCCACCAUGUAGCUCACUGAUGGUCUUUUCCAGUUACUGCUCUGCCCAGGGGGUGACACCCUGCAUGAGUAGACCCACCAGUGCAGUGUGGGAGAUCGUGACUUCCUAGUAGCUGGGUUUCCUCACAGCAGCAGCCAGCCCGCGGAUUUGUUCUCAAGUUGCUCAUCAAAGUUCCUGUUUGGUUCUUUAUGUAGUGUUUUAUACUUUCCUUGGGCAAAACCUGGAAUUGGUUUAUAUGCAUUAUAUUUCUUAAAAAACCUGGCUUCUGUGUUUCUGCUAUAAACUGUGUAAUGUAGGUGGAAGCGCUCCAGAGAGUUCCUGAGCACUCACGCUGUCGUCCACGGUCAAUAAAGCUCUCAGAAGUG